AUGCCUUCUGAAUACGGAAUUGAAACAGAUUCAGUAACUUUACAAAGAUUUGUACUGAACGAGCAGCGUAAAUAUCCGGAAGCUACAGGAGAUUUAACUAAUCUACUAACUAGUCUUCUCACAGCUGUUAAGGCUAUCUCCUCAGCUGUUAGAAAGGCAGGAUUAGCACAGCUUUAUGGAGUCGCUGGGAAUGUUAAUGUACAAGGAGAGGAAGUCAAGAAACUUGAUGUGCUUAGUAAUGAGUUGAUGAUAAAUAUGUUAAAAUCCUCUUACACUGUUUGCGCUAUGGUAUCAGAGGAGGAUGAAAAUAUGAUUGAGGUGGAAGUAGGAAAGCAAGGUAAAUAUAUUGUGACAUUUGAUCCUCUCGAUGGAUCCUCAAAUAUUGACUGUCUCGUUUCGAUUGGAACGAUUUUUGGCAUUUUCCGAAAGAAUAGCGAAGGCCCAAUUCAACCUCAAGAUGUAUUACAGCCAGCUUUGUAUGGGUCUGCAACAAUGGUUGUUCUUUCGACUCCGGGACGUGUUGAUGGCUUCACCUUGGAUCCAGUGGCCGAUGUACACCGUACUCUCCUUUACGGCGGAAUUUUUAUGUACCCAGCAACUAGUGAUGCCCAAAAUGGAAAACUCCGUCUUCUAUAUGAAUGCAACCCAAUGGCUUUUAUUAUGGAAAAUGCUGGAGGUUUAGCAAGCCAUGGAAAAGGUCCAAUUUUAGACAUUCAUCCAACAACUAUUCAUCAACGUACACCAAUCUUUUUGGGUUCAAAAGAGGAUGUUGAAGAAUGUAUUGGAUUUUUACAGAAAUAUGAUUAA